GAGGCGAGGCAAAAGGAGGCGAAGCAGUUGUGUUCCCGACUAAUCGCUGCCACCCAGCAAGAUGGCCGGGGGCCGCGUGCCCCUGCUCCUGCUCCUGCUGCUGAGUGAGCUAAUUUGGCCAGGAUAUGCCAAUGAGGGCAGUGUCGCUGGCAGCUGUCACUGCGAUGAGCGAAUUGCUUCCAGCUCCCCGCUGCCGCCAGAGGUGAAGGACCAUCUCCAGAAGCAGCUCCGGGCUUACCAGAGCUGUUCAGGCUACAUCAGGUUCCAACUGCGCUUGAGGAGCGUCUGUGGCGGCAAGCAAGACAGCUGGGUUCAGGAGUUGCUGCGAUGCUUCAGGCUGCAGGAAUGUGGACAUGCUCACAGGAAGGACCUGGCACGCCGCCAGCAUUUCCCUCCUCACAGCGCUCAGAGCCAGGAGUCUCCAGAUGAAGCACCUGCAGGCGCGAACACCACAGCCCAGACCAACCAGGCGACCACCCUGCAGUCCACCCAGAGCCCUGGAGCACCGGGCAAUGAAAGCACCACUGGGCCUGGGAACCACAGCAUGGGAGCCGGGCCUGAGGCUCAGGAGGACCAAAAACAUCUCGAGGAAAGCUUAGGUCAUGCAGCUAGGACAACAGCCACCGGGACAGUGCUGAGCCUCCUCGCCAUCACCCUCCUUCUUAUUGCAGUUCUCACAUAUGUUCUGUGCAAACGCAGAAGGCAGAAGAUCCCGUGGGGCAUUCCAGAAGUGCCUGACCCAUGA